UUUAAGUUCACUUGCUUUAUUUUUGAAUUCUACACAAUUAAGUCGGCUACUCAGUGAAUUUUGUCAAGCACGUGCGUCUUACCUAUAACAAGUCGAUACACGCUACUGGUCAGAGUGUAGGAGGGAGUUUGGCGCGUUUGGGAGACGCGUAGAUCGAGCACAAACUUGUUAUGACAGGUCGCAGUCUCUCGGUGCGUCUAGUGCAUAUUGCACUUAACAUCUUAGUGCUUGAAAGCUCUUUCCAAAAGUUAUAUUUCCAAUUGUUUGUCAUAUUUUUCUUUACAAAAAGAGAAAUGGAUCGAAAAGCAGAGCUGAGUGUAGAGAUACGAGCAGUCAUUGUGGCAUUACACGAAGAAGGUUAUUCAACGCGAAAAAUUGCUUCUAAAUGUAAUGUUUCUCAAACUGCAAUCAUGGGAGCGUUACAAAGAAAGCGAGGUGAACCUAAACUUUUGACCGGUAGUGUAUAUUCGAAAAAGAAUUUUCCUCAGAAGAAAUGAGCUACGAAGGUUCCCAGUUACAUCAUUGUUUAUUGUGAUUGACGUUCGAUCCAGCAAGCGUAAUGAAAAGACAAU